AUGAAUAAUUCAAAAGCGAAUUUGUCAACUGAUGUAAAUUUAACAUUGAAAAGGGUUGAUUGGUUCGAUGCGACACCAAAUGUUGUUGUUCUUGAUAAAAUUGCUCGGUCAGCAAACGUCAGCGUAACUGGUAUUCAAAUAACGAGUCGUGCUCUACUUGAAAUUAAAAAAUGUGAAUAUUCCGAUUCACCUGAAAUUUGUCCAUUUAGCGAAAUAAAUCGAACAUUCGCUGUAAUAAGUGUUAUACAUAGUGAAAGCCUUUCGGUGCUAAUCAUUGUCGUUGGUUGGAUUUAUUUUUUCGCAUGGAGCAUUUCGUUUUAUCCACAAAUUAUAUUAAAUUUCAAACGGCGAAGUGUUGUUGGUUUGAGUUUCGAUUUUCUCUUUCUGAAUAUUAUCGGUUUCGCUUGUUAUUCGGUUUAUAAUGUCUUUUUUUAUUUUGAUAAAAAUAUUCAAAAAAUCUAUUUUCAACGCAAUCCCCAUUGUCUCAUACCUGUAUUAUUGAACGAUGUUAUUUUUGCCGUUCAUGCAUUGCUUAUUUGUCUUUUUACUGCAUUCCAAUGCUUCAUUUAUGAGCGUGGUUCACAACGAAUUUCUUAUACUUGCUGGGCACUUUCAAGUAGUUUUAUCGGUUUUGCAUUGGUUUCGUUCUGUCUCACUUUCUUUGACGUUAUUAACGCCUUGCAAUUUAUCACAUUUUUAUCAUAUAUCAAAAUGGCUGUCACUUGUUCGAAAUAUUUUCCACAGGCAUUCUUUAAUUUUCGUCGUAAAAGUACCGCAGGCUGGUCAGUGGGAAAUGUUUUGCUCGACUUUCUUGGAGGAUCUAUGGAUAUUUGUCAGAUAAUACUUCAGGGUGCUAAUACAGAUGACUGGAGCGUCUUUACGGGGAAUCCUGUUAAAUUUGGGCUUGGAUGUGUCUCAAUGCUUUUCGAUAUAGUAUUCAUUAUACAACAUUAUGUUCUAUAUCGUAAUAGUGAAGAAACGAAAAGUCAACCGAAUACUAAUACUGUAACUAAUUCCGAUAUAGGUGAAAUUGAUAUCGCUGGAGGCGAUCCAAAUGUUGUGCGUGUUGCAACUGAUAAUAAAGUAUAG